AUGCUAGUCAGCUCCGAGCGAAAGGUUUCUACCCUCAACGAAGAGCUCUCGAAGCUCGGGCUCGUCCAGCAUGGCUUCAUGUUCAAGACGCUGGUGAGGGCGAGCCAUCUCCAGAAGCUGCGCUUCUUCCUCCAGGGGUCUUCUCCGUUUCUCCCGCGGGUCCAAUCACAGAUUCGUCGCUUUGACCUCUCUGUCCACCUGGCGCUUGAGAAAUACCACCGCUGGCCUUCCUCGCAGUACCUUGCCGCGCAUCCCGACCUGCUAGAGUUUGCGAGGUUCAAGCGGGAGCUUCCGCAUAGUCGAGGAGGGGACGAGUUCACGCCCUCUGAGGGUCUACACCCCGCUGUUUACUAUACGGCUAUCGCUCGCUUCCUCGCUUGGUACUCUGACCAGCCCAUGUCCCGGAUGUUGCCCUCUCCUCCUAGCCUGGACGUUCACUGCUCGAGAUCUCUCCGUGCCCAGAAGCAUCCUCUGGCGACCUUCUUCGUUGAGGCGCACGACUUCGUUCAUAAUGCUGGAGCGAUCCUCUACCGUCGUGUCAAGGCUCCUGCACCGGCUGCAGAUGGCGCGGCGAUCCCACCUGCCCCGGCUGCUGUGCCUGAUGACGCAGGACGCCCCCCGGCAUCUGUGGUACACAUCCCUGGUUUGCGCGCUCUCGUCGACUCGUCUCAUGAGCACUUCAUUCCUCCCCCUGCGCAGCGAAAUGUGACUCCUCUUGUCAUGCGCGUCUUCCCUCGCCAUGUGCAUGCUCGCGCUGCGCUGACCGAUCAGCAGCGAUAG